GGUUUGUUUCAUCAAAGCAACAAGCACAGAGUUUUGGAGAGACGUGCAAGCAUAAGCCAGAAAAAACACUAACAGUCGCCUCUUGAAGACGGGCAAGGUUUUGAGAGGAGAGAGGAUGGCAAGGCAAGGCGCAGCCUCCAUGUUCGCUACGGCAUUGCUACUCGGGGUCUUUGCCAACAUUUCGCCAAGCGUGGAGUCCGUCGGGGUGUCCUACGGCAUGAGCGGCGACAACCUGCCGCCGGCGAGCACCGUCGUCGGCAUGUACAAGGCCAACGGCAUCCCGCUGAUGCGGAUCUACGCGCCGGACCAGGCGGCCCUCGAGGCCGUGGGCGGCACGGGCAUCCGCGUCGUCGUCGGCGCGCCCAACGACGUGCUGUCCAGCCUCGCCGCCAGCCCCGCCGCGGCCGCCUCCUGGGUCCGCAACAACAUCCAGGCCUACCCGGACGUCACCUUCCGCUGCGUCUGCGUCGGCAACGAGGUGGAGGGCGGCGCGGCGCAGAACCUGGUCCCGGCCAUGGAGAACGUCCGCGCCGCGCUGGCCGCCGCCGGCCUGGACGGCAUCAAGGUCACCACGUCGGUGUCGCAGGCCAUCCUGGGCGGGUACAAGCCGCCCUCCGCCGCCGACUUCACCGCCGAGGCCCAGGGGUUCAUGGGCCCCGUCCUCGGCUUCCUGGCCCGCACCGGCGCGCCCCUCAUGGCCAGCGUCUACCCCUACUUCACCUACGCCACCAACCCGUCCGCCAUGGACCUCAGCUACGCGCUCUUCACCGCCCCCGGCACCGUCCUGCAGGACGGCACAUACGGGUACCAGAACCUCUUCGACGCCACCGUCGACUCCUUCUACGUGGCGAUGGGCAAGAACGGCGGCUCCGGGGUGACCCUGGUCGUGUCGGAGAGCGGGUGGCCGUCCGCUGGCGGCGUCGCGGCGUCGCCGGAGAACGCCGCCCUCUACAACCAGAACCUGAUCAACCACGUCGGCCGGGGGACGCCGCGGCACCCGGGCGCCAUCGAGACCAUCCUCUUCUCCAUGUUCAACGAGAACCUCAAGGAGAGCGGCGUGGAGCAGAACUGGGGGCUCUUCUACCCCAACACGCAGCGCGUCUAUCCCAUCAGCUUCAACUGAAGAAGCUAGCAGCUCGCGAUCCAGCUCCCCACGUACUCCUCUACUCGUCCAUCGUAUGUCAUCCGUACGUCAACAAUAAGUAUAUACGUAUGCAACACUUAUACUUCUGCGUCCCAGGAGAUUAUUGUGUAUUGGCGACCACGGGGAGUCUCGAAUGCUACUCUCAGAUGCGUACGCCGGCCGUGAGGCAUUCUUACGUCGAGAGACCAAGCAUGGCCAAAUCGACUUGUGAUCAGUAAUUGUACUGUCUCGGAUUUUAUGUAUUCACUGAAUUAAUUUUCCUCAUUUCUGGAAAAUGUAUUAAUUGAAAUCGCAAUUUCUGGCUUGUCAUGCAAUUGAUAUUUACUUGUUCGCAUAGAUUGCGGACUUGAAUUUUA